CUGUCAGUGCCUUUGUUGGGAUUCUGCCCCACAUUUUGGAGCUGCCAGUGUUACAUUAACUAUGGGAUAUCACCGCUCAAACAGACCAUUUACAUUCAAUAAAUGAUACAGCCUAUGGACAAUAAUCGCACUCGUACAUCAUAUCACUUACGUCGAAAAUUAUCGUAGGGUGACAUGUAGAAAUUUUGUCGAUUACAUAUCAGUUAACUCAUCGGGACACUGUUGGCAACAGGUCUAUACAUUGACCAUGUCUUUUGACUUUUCGGGCAAGUCGGUUUUGGUAACAGGAGCAACUCGUGGUAUCGGUCUCGGACUAACUCGAGCUCUUGUGAAAUAUGGAGGGACAGUAUAUGCACUUGGUAGUAACAAAGAGCUGCUCGAUGCUCUCAUUGAAGAAUAUGGAGAUCGCGUUAUUUCGGUGCAUGUGAACCUGGUCGAUUGGGGCGCCACCAGAGCCGCUCUUGAGCAGCUUCCACCGAUGAACGGACUUGUGAACAACGCUGGGGUUUCAUAUGCAUGGGUUCCAUCACUGGACGCUCCGAAGGAUAUCAUUGAUAAAACACUUUCAGUCAACCUUAUGGCCCAGAUAAACGUUACGCAGGUGAUCGGGAAGAAAAUGGUUGAAGCAGGAAAUGGUGGAUCGAUUGUGAAUGUUUCAAGUAUCAACGGAAUAAAACCAAUGCGAGAGUGCAUGGCCUACAAUCUAUCGAAGGCUGCGCUUGAUAUGAUGACCAAGCAGUUUGCCUUGGAGUUAGGGCCAAAUAAAAUACGAGUAAAUUCUGUCAACCCCACUGUGGCGCUGACUGACAUGGGCAAGGAAUUUUGGAGUCAUCCGCCGGAGAAAGGGGCCAAGCUCAAGGACCACACGCCAUUGGGGAGGUUUGCGGAGGUGGAAGAAGUGGUGCAGCCAAUAUUGUACCUGCUUAGCGACUACUCGAGUAUGGUCACCGGAACCAUUAAUCCGAUCGAAGGCGGACUGCUUUCGAACAUUUCCGUGUAAUAUGCCACAGUUAUUAAGAUUACGACACAGUGCUGAUUGUUCAUUAUGUUUAAAUUUUUAGAUAUUUUUAGAGUGUAGAUUAGUUGUCUGACGAUUUUUCUUUAUUUUCAUGUAGUGAAUCCAUGUACGCAUGUUUAUUAUAGAACAAUAUUAAAUUGUUUUAGCGCAAUCAAAUGAAAAGUCACUGUCAAUCCUUGACAGGCCGUGGAUUGGUUAUCUCCACCCGCGGUACUGAUAAGACUGUUUUAGCCUCAUUAAAUUGAUAACUUGUUUCAAAUACACUCAAUAUGACAUGUAUUUGAUAAACAUCUUUCAAGCAUUUGAGCAAAUGUGUGUACCAACUUCAAAUUAUUGAUUAAAUUGUCUAUUCAUAAAAUAGUUAAAAUAAGAAUGUUUGAAUGUAACUGGAACGCACUGUCUCACGAGGACUAAAUGGGUAGUCUAUUUAUAAGUAUUACGAUUGUUAUAAAGUUUCAUUUCGGAUUUUAAACGUUAAUUCGAACUAAGUACUUUGUCCGCAAUAGACAUAAUGCGACAAAUGGUGGCCUUGUGAAAAACUUAUCUGCCGGUACAAAUGGUCAUUAUUUAUUACAACAAGACAGAUUUCCAGAGUUGUUUUUCGUUCGGGGAAAAACAUGAAUUUUGAUAAAUAUUAAACUCCAAAACUUAAUGUUACCGGAUUGCAACAUAAGUGUGUGGAAUCAGUCACAGAAUCCAUUUUUUGUAAGUAAUAUCAAUAUAGAGACAAGUUCUCCGCUUAUCAAAUUGUGUGUAAUACUGGUUGUCAGUAGAAAAGUUAAAAUUCAAUUGUCAUUGCUAAAAAAUGCUUCAUAAAAAUACAUUAAAUGUUAAUGUUUUCGAUUUAAAGCGUUUUCGUUUUGUCAAUAAGAGAGGUCAAUAUAGUAUAAAAUGCCA